GGGAGGGUGAGGGAGAGAUGAGUGCAUGUAACGGAGAAGGAGGACAGAUCGCAGUCAGAAUCCAGUGGAACUCCCAACUGUCUGGAGGAGGAUGCGGCUCUCACUGGCGCACUGUCUCUAGAUACCGAGUCUCCCCGGGACCACGGUCCAGUCACUGUAGACCAGACCAGACCAGACCAGAACCCUCACUCUCUGAACCCGCUGUCGCCAUGCUCCCGGCCACCGGCUCGGUCGGGCACCCACUCCGCGUCACCGUGGCCGCGAUGCUGUGGAUGCUGUUGAGCAUCAACAUCAGCCUCAGCCUCAGCAGCAGCAGCAGCAGCAGUGUCUCAGCACCAGAAAAAGAAGUCCUGAACUUCACCCUGUCCCCACGGGUGACAACACACCCCCCCAAAGAAGGCAGAACCGGCAGGAAGAGCUCCAGUGCGGCGGCUGGAGAUUUGCUACACUCACUGCUCGGUCAAAAAGGACGACUUGUCUCCCAGAGAGGGGAGGUCUUCUCCUCCGCUCUGCCACAGAACCUGCUCCCUCUCCUGGACGGCAUCGGCUCCAUCCCAGGGAGUCGUUCCGUGGAGCGUGAAAGCGGGGGAUUACUACGAAGGGUGUCGGCUUCCGUCUCAGGCCUUGGCGGCGACCCCGAUGUUUCUGCUUCACCUGCGGACACACACUCCCUGCUUCCUCACACACAGACGCAGGCUACAAAGAAGGAGGCCGAAGUCACCACCACGACCACCAGGCUGAAUGUGGACACUGAGGGAGGGGCGCCCUCUUCAGCUCUGCCGAGGUGCGUGGUGAAUUUCUCCGACCCUGAAGGUUAUAUAGACUCACUGGACGACCCCCCUCUGCCCGAGGGCGCCUCCCUGUGCUGCACAUACACGGUGACUGUGUACACAGGCUAUGGAGUAGAACUGCAGGUAAAGAGUGUGAAUAUGUCAGAGGGGGAGCAGCUCUCCAUCAGGGGCGUGGACGAACAUGGUGCCCUGCUGGUGCUGGCAAACCACACGCUCCUGGUGGAAGGUCAGGUGAUCCGCAGUCCCACCAACGUCCUCUCCGUCCUCUACAGAUCAACAACAGAAGGAAACGUGGGAUUCUUUCAGCUGCACUAUCAAAUCUUUAGACUCAGUUGUUCUUUACCGAAGAGGCCUCAUUUUGGAGAGGUGUCCGUUCUGGACUUACUUCCAGGCGGCACGGCUCGCUUUCACUGCCACAUGGGGUAUCACCUGCAGGGAACACCACUGCUCACCUGUCUCAAUGCCUCCAUGCCCAAAUGGAACGGCAAGGAGCCCAUCUGCAGGGCUCUCUGUGGGGGGACGGUGAAGAACGCCACCAUUGGUAGAGUGUUGUCUCCGUCACCACAACACGGCCCAAACGCCACACAGGAGUCCACUUGUUCCUGGUCCCUGGAGGCACCAAAGGAUCAGAGGCUGCACCUCCAUCUGGAGAGACUGGCCCUGGAGCCCACUGACAGACUGGUGCUGUGGAGCGGCCUGGACUCUGGCUCUGUCGUGUUGUUCGACUCUGAUCACGGCGGACAGAUUCCAUUCGAAGGAGUGAUCAGUGAAGGUCCAGCGGUCAGGAUCCAGUUCAUAUCUGAGCAGCCCAGCUACAACACAGGAUUCAACAUCCGUUAUGAGGCUUUCGAGCGAGGCCACUGCUACGAGCCGUACAUCCAGAAUGGCAACUUCACCACCACUGACCCACUGUACGGGGUCGGAGCUGUGGUCCAGUAUACCUGUGAACCAGGACACAGUCUAGAACAGGGGCCGCCUAUUAUUGAGUGCAUCAGUGCGAGAGAUCCGUACUGGAAUGACACGGAACCCAUAUGUAAAGCCCAGUGUGGAGGAGAGCUGACUGGUCCAGGAGGAGUGAUUCUGUCUCCAAACUGGCCAGAGUGGUAUGGAGAGGGAGAGGACUGCAGCUGGAGGAUACAUGUCGGGGAAGACAAACGAGUGCUGCUGGAUGUACAGCUGCUCAACAUCAGCGACAGUGACAUGUUGACCAUCAAGGACGGAGAUGAUGAAACAACAAGCGUCUUAGGACGGUACGUCGGCGGCAGCAGCCCCUUCAAACUCUCCUCCACGACCCCUUGCCUCACGAUUACCUUCCACUCCGACCCAGCCGGACUCGUCUUUGGGAAGGGAGAGGGCUUCAUCAUCAACUAUAUGGAGGUGUCCAGGAACGACUCCUGUCCAGACCUGCCUGAGAUCCAGAACGGUUGGAAGACAACGUCGCACGUCACACUGAUGCGAGGGGCUCACAUCACCUACCAGUGUGACCCCGGUUAUGACCUGGUGGGACGGGAGACCCUCAUCUGUCUGUUAGACCUGUCCUGGAGCUCACAGCCGCCCUUCUGUGAGAAAAUCAUGUACUGCUCCGAUCCCGGCCAUGUGGAACACUCCACCAGGUCCUUGUCGGAUCCUAAACUCUUGGUGGGAACGACCAUUCAGUACAACUGCAAUCCUGGUUUCAUCCUGCAGGGCGGCGCCACCAUUACCUGCUAUGGUCGUGAGCCAGGAACACCUGUGUGGACGUCUAGACUUCCACAUUGUGUUUCUGAGGAAUCGGUGUCCUGUGAAAACCCUGGUCUUCCUGAAAACGGUUACCAGGUCUUGUCCAAAAGGCUCUACCUCCCUGGUGAGUCACUGGCGUUUGUCUGUUACCGCGGCUACAGGCUCAUUGGAGAGGUGGCGAUCAAAUGCAUCCUGGGAAACCCAUCAUCCUUCUGGAGCGGCCCACUUCCACUUUGCAGGGCCCCCCGUGUCUGCUUCGGCAACCAUGAUAUGGAAGUGGCCGAGGCGACGGCGGCGUCCACCCUGGAUGGGGGGAACCUGGCGCUCAUCGUCUUUGUCCUUGUCCUCCUGCUGUCUGUGCUCCUGGGAGCUGCCUACGUCUACGUGACACGGUGUAGAUAUCACUCCAACCUCAGGCUGCCUCUGAUCUACCCUCAUCCUUAUCGACAAAUCACUGUGGAGACAGAGUUUGACAAUCCGCUCUAUGAGACCGGAGGGCAGGACACUCGUGAAUAUGAAGUGUCGAUAUGAAGAGGCUCCACAAAGACAUUUCUGAGGUUAGACUGAUCACCCUGUUCUGACUCUUCAUCCUCUGUCCCUCCUCUGCCCAUGAGGACACAUUGUAAAUAAAAUACACGAUGUCCAACACCUUCUAGGCUGAGAACCAGCGAUAGGUUUGGAUUCUCUUUCCUUGAUUUCUAACAACACUGUGGGUAGACAAGUGGAAGUGAGUGACACUGACGGCAGAAGAUGAUUGGACCUGGAUAAGGAGCAAAGUCUUGAAGGUUGUCAACAGAAUGUGGCACUAACAUGAUAUAAAGAGGGGACAAAAGUGUAAAUUGAAAGGUGAGGAAUGUGAACUAAGGGGAUUGAAGCACUUUCAAACACUCAUUUGACAAAGUCUAGUUCUUUUUGUGUGUGUGUGGUUCUAUUAAAAUACUGUGUUGUUUCCCAGGUACUGCCAGUAAGUAGAAGGCAAAGUCUGCAGAGUUAAACACUUCCUGUAGACAUUAAGACUCAGAGGGUACGAAGGUUCAGUCCAAUUACUAUUAGUGACUAAAUCCGUGGUGGUCAUUACUGCGAGACCAGCCUGGUCCACUGACGUUACUUAAAAUGUCGCUUCCGUCAUGUAACCCGCAGUUCCCCAACCUUCUUUGUACCAAGGCCCAGCUGCUGCCAUGCACAGGUAAUGCUGCGCUGUUCGUUAAACGAUUGGUAAAAUUCAGUAAAUCAUGUUAGCAUCACAGUCAGAAAUAUGCAGAGAAAUUGCAGAAUAAUCUUUAAAUUUUGAAAGCAAAUGGAAAUGAUCAGAUUCUCUUUGAAUUAAGUUCAUUAUUAUUUAUUUCAAUCUGGCGCAGUACUGGUCCAUGGACCAGGGGUUGGGGCCCUGUAUUUGGGUUAGGCUUAAUCCAGACCUGAACUGAUGUGAAAUAUUGAGGUUUGUAAAAUUUGGUCAAAGAUUUCUGUUCCCUUGGGCUCUGCUUCUUCAGCUUUUGUUGUGAAAAUGCAGCGAUGUCAUCAUCAUCAAUCAUGUGAUGCUUAUCAGCCAAUCAAAUCCAUGCAGUCAGACACUCUCACACUUGAGACUUGACUGUCAAUGAGCCAGAAUUACGAUGCAGAAAAGAAUGG